CGAGGACGUCAUCAACGCGACGGAAGUUGUUUAGAAAGAAGACGAUUCUGGCUGAUUCAUUGUAGGCAGUGGGUUCGAUACGACUACACAGACACACAUCCAUUAAAUUAAUCUAUUAAUUUACUACAGAUCUUGGUAUGGACCGGCUGCUUAGGCUUGGCGGGGGAAUGCCAGGGCUUGGCCAGGGCCCUCCAACAGAUGCACCAGCUGUUGACACAGCUGAGCAGGUGUACAUAUCAUCUCUGGCCCUGCUCAAGAUGUUGAAACACGGCCGUGCUGGUGUACCAAUGGAAGUCAUGGGACUGAUGUUGGGAGAAUUUGUUGACGACUACACAGUGCGAGUGAUUGAUGUGUUUGCCAUGCCUCAGUCAGGAACCGGUGUGAGUGUUGAAGCAGUGGACCCUGUGUUCCAGGCCAAGAUGUUGGACAUGUUGAAGCAGACUGGCAGACCAGAGAUGGUGGUAGGUUGGUACCACAGUCACCCUGGUUUUGGCUGUUGGUUGUCUGGUGUGGACAUAAACACACAGCAGAGCUUCGAGGCUCUGUCAGAGCGCGCCGUCGCUGUGGUGGUUGAUCCCAUUCAGAGUGUCAAAGGAAAGGUUGUUAUUGAUGCCUUCAGAUUGAUCAAUGCCAACAUGAUGGUUUUGGGUCAUGAGCCAAGGCAAACCACAUCCAACCUGGGUCAUCUGAACAAGCCCUCAAUCCAGGCUCUUAUUCAUGGACUUAACAGACACUACUACUCCAUCACCAUCAAUUACAGGAAAAAUGAGCUGGAGCAAAAGAUGCUGUUGAACCUUCAUAAGAAGAGCUGGAUGGAAGGUCUAACCCUGCAGGACUACAGUGAACACUGCAAGCUCAAUGAGACUAUUGUUAAGGAAAUGCUGGAGCUGGCUAAGAACUACAAUAAGGCUGUUGAAGAGGAAGACAAAAUGACUCCUGAGCAGCUUGCCAUCAAGAACGUUGGAAAACAGGAUCCCAAGAGGCACUUGGAGGAGCAUGUUGACGUUUUAAUGACAUCCAACAUUGUUCAGUGCUUAGCUGCCAUGUUGGAUACUGUAGUUUUCCAGUGAUGGCUCUGUGUGUAUAUAUUGCAACCCUUGUUUUCUUUUAUAUAAAAUAAAUGUAUGUAUGAAAUGGA